UUUCUGUUCGAUUUACAAAGCCCUGCAAGGUGACAACUCGCACUCGGCGCCCUCAGCAUCCCCAUUGACGGCCGAGAGACGUGAAGAAAUUGGUCCCAUACGUUAUGAAGGACCACCCACCCCCUGCCCGGCCAAAGUAGAAUAUGCCACACCAGUGUUUGCCAAAAAUUAUCAAGGCUCCUGGCGUUAUGUUGUACAAAUUCCCUAUGAAGGAUACUUCACCCAAACUAUCGAAGUUACACGCUGCAUUCAGGCUAGAUGCCAUUAUUUGGAUGGUGGCUGUUUGUCAUCACCACGUUGGGUUAGUCUGUUGGUUGCGGAAAUCUUUUAUCCCAAUGCUGAGGAUACUGUACCUCAACCCUCGACCACAACUCAAGCUCCUUCGGUACAAGAUUUCCAAGCCUAUCAACAAUAUUUGCAGAAACGUGCUGGCGUGGCCACAGAUGGCGCUAAUCACAAUAAUGCCGACUUCAAUCAACACUGUGAUGGCCACGAUGAGAUUGGAUGUUUCCAGGUUCGUCUCUACUAUGAUUGGUUCUUGAUUCCUGGCUCGUGUAAAUGUUGGCGUCCUGAUUAUUUUGCCAAAUAUGUUCGCCGGAAGUCGGUGGCUGAUUUGUAA